CUUUUUUCUUUCCCAAGGGGAAAUGAAGGAACCAAAGUGUCGAGCACUCGACGGCCCUCAUUCCCAGUGCAGUCGCCGCCCAGUCAGGACGUUCAUUUCUCAGUAGCGUCCCACCACCAUCCAACACUUAAAUUUUAAAAACACAUCCGGAAAUUAUUUUAAAGAAAUCAUUUGAAUUUGACAACAAUUUGACAAAGUGCGUCGAGUGCCAUUUUUUAAUUAUCAACUCGUAAUCAAAAAAGCGGAUGUCGCCAGGAUUUGUUCCAGUUUGAUUUUUGGACAAUUCCGGUGCGGGGGUAUUGUGUCGUCCAGCUGGAAGGAUUCCGUGUUGCGCUCGUAGUGGUUUUAUUUAAUUUCUUUUUGUGAUUUAUAAUUGGAAAUCGGUGGUUCAUUGGGAUUGUGGACGGGAGUAAGUAUGAGUCGUCGAUCCGAGUGGACUGUCGGAAUCUGAGACUUUCCGUCCGCCGAGUCACUCCGCACUUCCGCCCGCCCAAAGGCGCCCGCGGUGCGUGUCUAUCCUAACAGCAACAGCCGGAGCAUUUGAAUUAAUUUCGCCCAAAAUGGAUAACCGUCGAUUGCCAGGCUCAUCGGCCAUGUCCUGUUCAUCUGCGGAGCGACGCCACUACGCCUUGCUGGUGGUGCUGGCCGUCUUGGCCGUCGCCGUCGUCGACGCCGCCGCCUUCAUCGAAGAAAGAGUUUGCAUCGGGACGAACGGGCGGAUGUCUGUGCCGUCCAACCGGGAGCACCACUACCGGAAUUUGCGCGACCGCUACACCAACUGCACGUACGUCGACGGCAACCUGGAACUGACUUGGCUCCAGGACGAGCACCUGGACUUGACUUUCCUGCAGCACAUUCGCGAAGUCACCGGCUACGUCCUCAUCUCGCACGUCGACGUCCGCCGCAUCGUCCUGCCGGCCCUGCAAAUCAUCCGCGGACGGACUCUGUUCAAACUCAACGUCCACGACGAGGAAUUCGCCCUCGUCGUCACCCUCUCCAAAAUGCACAACCUCGAAAUGCCCGCCCUCAGAGAUAUAUUGGCGGGUAGUUGCGGAUUGUUCAACAACUACAACCUGUGCCACAUGAAGACGAUCAACUGGGAGGAGAUUAUCACGGGCUCCAAUUCCAAGAUUUUCAACGUUUACAAUUUCACGGAGCCGGAGCGUGAGUGUCCGGCUUGUCACGAGUCGUGCGAGGCCGGCUGCUGGGGCGAAGGACCUGAAAAUUGCCAGAAAUUCUCCAAAAUCAACUGCAGUCCGCAGUGCCACCAGGGGCGUUGCUUCGGACCCAAGCCGCGCGAGUGCUGCCACUUGUUUUGCGCCGGCGGAUGCACUGGACCCAAGCAGAGCGACUGUCUCGCUUGCCGGAAUUUCUUCGACGACGGCGUGUGCAAGCAGGAAUGCCCGGCCAUGCAGCGCUACAACCCCAUCACGUACUCUUGGGAAAUCAACCCGGAGGGCAAAUACGCCUACGGCGCCACCUGCGUCAAAACGUGUCCGGAGCAUUUGCUCAAGGACAACGGGGCCUGCGUCCGCAUCUGCCCGCCCAAGAAGAAGGCCGUCAACGGCGAGUGCGUCGUCUGCGACGGCCCUUGUCCAAAGACCUGCCAGGGCGUCGAUAUCGUCCACGCCGGAAACAUCGAGAGCUUCCGCGAUUGCACCGUCAUCGAGGGAUCCAUCACGAUCCUGGAUCAUUCCUUCGCCGGAUUCCAGCAGAUUUACCCCAAUUUUACCUUCGGCCCGCGCUACCCACGACUCCAUCCGGACCGGCUGGAAAUAUUCGCCACCCUCCAGGAGAUUACGGGGUUUAUUAAUGUCCAGGCUUCGCAUCCGGAAUUCCGGAAUUUAUCCUACUUCCGGAAUUUGGAGACGAUUGGCGGACGGCAGCUGACGGAAUAUUUUUCGGCCUUGUACAUUGUCAAAACGUCGUUGAAUUCACUCCACCUGCGAUCGCUGAAAAUGAUCCGGGCCGGCAGCGUGACGGUGCUGGAGAAUAAGGAGCUGUGCUUUGCUGAGAGCAUCAGCUGGACCAAGAUCAUCAAGUCGCAGCAGCACGGGACUCUGUUGCAGAACAACAAGUUGGCCGCCCAGUGCCUGGAAGCUGGACUGGUCUGCAGCGCCCAGUGUUCCGUCGAGGGCUGCUGGGGCCUGGGACCCAACGAGUGUCUUUCCUGCGCCCAUUUCCAGCUGGACGAGACGUGCGUCGAGAGUUGCGACUUGAAUUUAGGGAUUUACGAAUUGACUCCUAAACUGUGCAAGCACUGCCACCACGAGUGCGAGGAAACGUGCACCGGUCCAGGGCCGGGCAACUGCACCAUCUGCAAGCACGUCAAAGACGGCCCUUACUGCGUGCCGGCCUGCCCGACCAGUAAAUUCAACGACAGCGGCAACGAGUGUCUUUCGUGCCACGAGAAUUGCGUGGGCGGCUGCACCGGGCCGGAGAACAACAUUGGGCCGCGCGGUUGCCGAUCCUGCGAGAAGGCCGUCAUCAACGGUGACGUCGAAGUGGAUCGCUGUUUGAAAAAGACGGAAACGUGCCCGGAUGGCUACUACUACGAGUGGGUGGGACCGCAGGAGCAAGGGCCGCUCAAGCCGCUGGCCGGCAAGGCCGUCUGCCGCAAAUGUCAUCCGCGCUGCAAGAGGUGCAACGGCUACGGCUUUCACGAACAGGUGUGCCAGGAGUGCGUCAAGUACAAACGUGGAGAGCAGUGCGAGGAUGAAUGCCCGCAGGAUCACUACGCCGAUGAGGAGCGACACGAAUGUUCCAGGUGCGCCAGCGAGUGCCGUGGCUGUACCGGCCCCAACGUCCACCAGUGUCUCAGCUGCCGCAAUUACCGCGUCUACUUAUCCCCUGGAACAACAUCAACAAUCCUGGACCCGUUGACCAAUUCCACCCAGCCGUUCAACUGCACGGCCAAUUGCCCGGCUGAAGCCCCGCACAAGAUUUUCCCAGGCGAUGGAGGUGAUCCUUACUGCGCCAAGGAGCCGGUGGUCAAUCCCCUGGUGGGCAAUGGCGACGAGGAGCACAUUGCGGCCAUCCUGGGCGGAGUUAUCGGUUGCGUCACUCUCCUGGGCGUUUUCCUGGCCUGUUUCGGCUACCACUGGCACCAGCGGGCCAAGUCUAAGGAGAACACGGCCAAGAUGACGAUGGUCAUGUCCGGCUACGAGGACAGCGAACCUUUACGGCCCAGUCAUGUCAAGCCCAACCUGGCCAAACUGCGCAUCGUCAAAGAGGCGGAGCUGAGACGGGGCGGCAUCCUGGGCUACGGGGCUUUCGGGACCGUCUACAAGGGCGUCUGGGUCCCCGAGGGCGAAAACGUCAAGAUCCCAGUGGCCAUCAAAGUCCUGCGCGAAGGGACCGGGUCCAACACGAACCGCGAGAUCCUGGACGAGGCCUACAUCAUGGCCAGCGUGGAGCAUGCCAAUUUGUUGCAGCUGCUGGCCGUCUGCAUGACGUCGCAGAUGAUGCUGGUCACUCAGCUGAUGCCGCUGGGCUGCCUGCUGGACUAUGUGCGCAACAACCGGGACAAGAUCGGGUCCAAGCCGCUGCUCAAUUGGUGCAGCCAAAUCGCCCGCGGCAUGGCCUACCUGGAAGAGCGGAGGCUGGUCCACCGCGACCUGGCCGCCCGCAACGUCCUGGUCCAGAACCCGGCCUGCGUCAAGAUCACGGAUUUCGGGCUGGCCAAGCUGCUGGACAUAAACGAGGACGAGUACAAGGCGGCCGGUGGGAAGAUGCCCAUCAAGUGGCUGGCCCUGGAGUGCAUCCAGCAUCGUAUCUUCACCCACAAGUCGGACGUCUGGGCCUUUGGCGUCACCGUCUGGGAGCUGCUGACCUACGGUGGACGGCCUUACGAGAACGUGCCGGCCCGUGAAGUGCCCGACCUGCUGGAAAAGGGUGAGCGACUACCCCAGCCGCCCACCUGCACCAUUGACGUCUACAUGAUUAUGAUCAAGUGCUGGAUGCUGGACGCCGAGAGCCGGCCCAGCUUCAAAGAGCUGGCCGAUGAAUUCGCCAAAAUGGCCCGUGAUCCUGGCCGCUAUCUCGUCAUUCCCGGCGAUAAACUGAUGCGCCUACCUUCCUAUUCUCCUCAGGACGAAAAAGAAUUGAUCCGGAAUUUGUCGUCGUCGAUGGACGGCCCGGAAGUCAUCAUGGAUGCCGAAGAAUAUUUACAACCCAAAUCUCGUUGCCCGUUGCCGUCCAGCAGCUCGACCAUCACGGCUGAGACGCCGCUGCCGCCGCCCACGCCCGUCAAGAAAUACGCGGCCGGCGGAAGCAGUACGGGCGGAGGCGGAAGUCUGGCCAACGGAUCGGAACACGCCGGAGUCUACGGCGCCGAAGGAUUUUCCAGCGCCGCCGGAAGUCAGAGGACGGCCAGUCCCGGCAUGGCCGCCAUGGGCCACCACCACCACCAUCAUUUGGCUGGACUGCCGGCGGGCCAUCAUCCAUCCGCAUUCCAUCCGUCGCAGCAUCCGCAGCAGCUGCAGCCCAACUCCCAGCGCGACAGUGGCGGGCCCAGUCUCCGCUACUGCAGCGAUCCGCUCCAGCUCAUCGGCAAAGAAUUGGAAGCGGCGAUGGAAGACAGACGGUUACCCCACUACCUGCCGGGCGUCAAGACGGGAGCUCGAGUGGGCAACCUGAAGCUGGACCUGCCCGUCGACGAAGAUGACUACCUGAUGCCAUCUCCUCAGUCGACCCAACCCCACCACCACGCCGGUUACAUGGAUCUGAUUGGCGAUGCCAAACUCGGAGACAAUGGUGAACUGAGCAGUGGGGACUAUCACGCCCGGUCGAUGCCGGACUUUGUCAAGAGCCUGCCGGCCAUCAAGCGGAUGUCCGGAAUGCAUCCGACGCUUCCGCUGAGCAUGGACAAUCCCGAGUACCACAUGAUGAACAACCAGGACGUCAACACGCUGUAUAACCCAUCGUCGCCCAGCUACCAGCUCUCACCGACCUCGUCCGUCUCGAGCGGCCUGCCCGUCGGCAACGGCGCCACCCUGGGCAUUCCCGUCAACAGCCUGGGCGUCGGCACUUCCUUGUCUUCGUCUUCCGGCUCGUCGUCGUCGGCCACGCCCUCGGCUGGUGGCUCCGGUGGUCCGCUAGCCGGGCCGAUCCAGUUCCCGACGGGCGCCUUUGGGCCGCGCUACCUGACGCAGCGCUCGUCGGAGGAGGAAGGAUCGGACCACGACUAUUACAACGACCUCCAGCGGGAACUGCAGCCGCUGCAGCCGCUCAAAAGGAACGAGACGACAGUCUAAUCCAGCAUCCGCGCCGGAAUGAUGAUCCUCCUUGCCAUCCUUUUAUUUUUCCCAUCUGACCAAAACUGAAGAGACAAAUUUGUACAUCUUAUAUAAUUAAUUAAAAUAUCCAUUUUUAUAUUAUUUGACAUCUGCUAUACAUAUUAAUGUGUGUGUGUGUCGUGUGGGUGUGUGUCUGAUUGGGUUACGCAACCAGAAAUGAUAAAAAUUUCUUUUUUCUUUAUACCCCCCCGUUGGAUUACUUGGAUGAGUGUGCGACAAAGUGUGCCAAAAUGAAUACUUUUGUUGAUUUUGAAUAAUAAUUUGAUUUGCCAAUUUA